AUGGCCGACUCUGACGACGACGGCUACUCGUCCGAGUCCGACCUCGACGUCUCGACCUCGCUCCCCGUCCUCGCGCCCGGCUCCACCACCUCGGGCUCGUCGGCGCACCCGGCCCAGCCCAAGACCAAGGGCAAGCAGCACCAGCUCCAGCGCAAAGACUCGACCAAGGACUCGAACGACAAAGAGCCGCGCAAGCGCUCGUCCAAAGCCUGCGACAACUGCCGCAAGAGCAAGUGCAAGUGCACCCGCAUCCUCGAUCCCGCCUCGGGCGACCCUGUCGGCCCAUGCCAGAACUGCCUCACCGUCGGCGCAACCUGCACCUUCCUCGGCGCGAGCCGCAAGCGAGGACCGCCCAAAGGCUACAUCGAGGCUAUCGAGUCUCGCCUGCACCGCAUGGAGGCGCUCCUCGGUGGCCUCAUCGGCAGCGACGAUCCUCGAGCGGCAACCCUCCUCGGCGAGCUCAUCGGCGACCAUGAAGCGCGCGACGUCCUCGCUCGCGACCUGCGCCAUGCCGCCUCGUCGUCAACCUCGACCUCGGCCGCCGUCGCCUCUCAGCCCAAGCGGUCGUGGCAGCGCGACUUUGCCGAGCAGCAGGCGGCCUUGACGCGCUCGCCGCCGACCACGGCUCCACCAUCGGGCGCGACGGUCCUCAGCCAGGGCUUCCCGACUCAGCCGGGCGAGCCCGCCUUCCCCGGCGGCCUCGGCUCGUCAUCGCUCGGCGCCGGCCCAGAGCCCGGCACCUGGCUGAGCGACGAGGACCUCGCCGCGUUCGGCGCGUCGGCGACGCCGGGCGGCGGCAUCGGCGGCGCACUCGGGUUCGACCCGUCCGGCGCGGGCGCGUACCGCCAGCCGGGCAUGGGCGAGUCGUCCGAGGACGGCGCCUCGCCGGCGUUCGCCGCUCGCCUUUCGACGUCGGCCGACGUCGCGACGUCGCCCCGACAGCGCCGCCGUCUCGACCUGCCGGUCGGAUCGUCGUACGGCGCCUCACCGGGCGCCGGCUCCGGCACGAGCGGCACGAGCCCGAGCGCGGGCGGCGGCGGCGGCGUCGGCGGGCAAGGGUUCGCCAACCCGGACCGCAAGCAGAUGGCCUACGCGUUCACGCUGCCGCCGGUCGGCGUCGUCCCGCCGAGGUCGGCGACGCAGACGAGCGCGCCCGUUCUGAGCCCGGGCGCGAUCGGCCACACGGGCACGAGCUCGUACCUCCUGUCGGGCUCGCCGGGAGCGAGUGGCGGCGGAGGUGCAGGAGAGGCGGACGAGAGGGAGGACGGCAAGGGCGCGGCGGCGAGGGCGAGGGCGACGCAGAGCCCGAGCGAGCCGCUCACGGAGCUCGCCGACGUCGUCGGGCAGCUGAGCUUGAACGAGAACGCCGAGGUGCGGUAUCAUGGGCGCUCGUCGGGCCUGUACCUCAUCGCCAAGUCGCAGCGCUUCAAGGAGUUCUUCUGGCGCUUCCCGUCAGCCGGCGUGUGGCCUCCUGCCGACCACGGCGCCGUCAAGACCGAGAACGAGAUCCUGCGCCUUGUCGACGCCGAGGACCCGCUGCCCGACCUCAAGACGCAGGCGCAUCUCCUGUCGCUGUACUGGGCCUACGUGCACCCGCACUUUCCGCUCCUGUACAAGAUCUCGUUCAUGCGUCAGUACCGCCACACGCUCGCCCACCCGGACAGCACGGAGCCGUCGACGCCGGCAGGCACGGGCAAGGUGCCCGUCGUCCUCCUCCUCGCCAUGUUCGCGCUCGCGGCUCGUUAUUCGGACCUCGAGGCGCCGACCGAGGGCGGCAAAUACUGGGAGGCCGGGCAGGAGUACCUCGACAAGGCGCGCCGGAUCCUCAACCACGACUACGGCUCGAGCAAGCUCGUCACGGUCCAGGCGCUCCUCCUCAUCAGCUACCGCGAGAUCGGCGUCGGCGCAAUGAGCAGCGCGUGGAUGAACUGCGGCAUGGCGAUCCGCAUGGCGCAAGACUUGGGCUUGUUCCGCGACGUCGAGAAGUGGUACCUGCCGAUCCAGCGCUUCACGCACGAGGAGAAGCAGGCUCGCAAGCGUGUCUGGUGGGCGUGCGUCAUCCUCGAUCGCUACACCUCGUCGUACAUCGGCCGGCCUGGCACGAUCCACGAGCGCGACUACGACUGCGGCUUCCCGUCCGAGGACGAGCCCGACGAGCACGAGCAGUGGCGCCCGAUCCGGCUCGACGGCACCGAGUGGACGUCGCCGCCGAACGCCAACCGGGCCACGCCGGGCUCGGGCGAGACGGUCGCGGUCGACAACGCCAAGUUCCUCAAGGCGUACCCGCCGACACGAGCGCACACGCUCAGCUGCUUCAACGCUGCAGGUGCCCUCGCCGUCAUCAUCAACCGCAUCAUCUCGAACAUCUACGCGAUCCGCAUCCGGGUACUCGGGCAGAGCAGCGAGACGCUCUUGAGCCUACUCGACCAGAGCCUCGCGAGCUGGUACCUCGCCUUGCCGCCGCACCUGCAGUACAACCCGGCGAGCACCAAAGUGCCGCCACCGCAUAUCCUGUCGUUGCACCUCCAGUUCUACUCGUCGCUCAUCCUCCUUCAUCGACCUUUCAUCCCGGGCCAGAACAGCAGUGCGUCGCCGGGCAGCUUCCCGUCGCACUCGAUCUGCACGACCUCGGCCAACGCCAUCGCCAACAUCAUCACGACCUGGAGCAAGACCUUCACGCUGCGGCAGUGCCCGCCUUUCCUCACGUACCCGAUUUUUAGCGCCGCCAUCAUCUGCGUCUACAACGCGUCGUUCGACGAGGCGCUCGCUCGCCCGGCCAAGGUCCACCUUCUGCAGUGCAUGAACGCCCUCAAGGAGAUGGAGCUCAUCUGGGGCUCGGCCAUCCGCCAGUGGGAGCUCCUGCACGGCCUCGUCGACCUGCGCGACGCCGACCUGCGCGCCGAGCUUGACGAGCGCGCUCAGAGGGGCACCAAGCGUGCGACUAUGGACCUGGACGAGGCGGCGGCGGCAUCACCCGGCAGCGCCGCGUUCACCGGCGUGCGGCCGACCAACUUCCACCACCGCCCGAUCCCCCGCGCCACGAGCAAGCCCGGUGCGAGGAAGCGCAGCAGCACGAGUACCUCGCGUCGCAGUGCCACGUCGGGCGCAGUCGCGAGUGGCAGCCCGACGAGCCCGCCGCCGCCGGCCGGCCAGCUGCCGCUCUUCCCGGGUCCGGCCGCGCUCCAGUCGCCGCCGCUCGACAUGUUCGGCCCGGGCACCGCGGCGCACAGCCUGCCGCCGAUGUUCUCGGGCGCGCCGAUGCAGGGCGUCCAGCUGCAUGGGCACGCGCCGGGCGACUCGACGCCGCAGAGCUUCGACAUCCUCAACCCGCAGCUCGACCUGAGCCAGUUCCGGUCCCGCCCCGGCUCGAGCAGCGGCGCGACCAACUUUUCGGACCUGCUCAACUCGUUCCUCUCGCCGACCGAGGCGGCCGGCGCACCCGCAUUCGGUGCAACUGGCGCCGGCAGCAAUCCGUUCAUCUUUGGCGCCGGCGGGACGAGCCCGUUCCACCUGCCGGGCGCGCCAGGUGCGACGCCGGCGUCGUCGAGCCAGCCGCAGCCACCGGGUCCGCCGCCUUCCACUACCGCGAGCGCGUUCGACCCGUCGUCGGCCUUUUUCGGCAUGCCUCUCGGAGCCAACCUCGGUGACGACUGGUUCAACUACUCGUACAACGCGUUCGCGUCGAACGGCUCGGACCAAGGAGGGACGCCCGAGGCGCAAGGUGGUGGUGCCGGGGCAGGAUCAGGUGCGGGAGGAGGAGGAGGAGCGUCGUCGUCGAGCGGCGGCGCCGGUGCGGUUGCGGGAGGCUCGAGCCUCGCGCCGCUGCUCCACUCGUCGCCGCAGCCGCCGACCAUGUGA